CACACUCUAUAUAAGAACUGGUCUGUUGUUCAGCACCUCCGCACAGGAAGGCCAAAACCACAGGCUGACACUGACAAAGAAGAUAAUUCUGCAGGAGGUUUUGCUGUGACACAUCUCUUUCUUUUUCUCACUUACUUCUCUUCACAAGUAUUAAUAGGUACUAUUAGUUUUAAUAUCUGUAUCACGUCUACUAUGAGAAGGCUGACCGUGAUGGCACUUGUUUGUGCCAUAAUGAUUCUAGCCAGAGCUGAUGCCGAGACUCAGCCAGUCAAGACACCAACAUCUUGUCCCAGUGAUUGGACUGGGAUCAACGGUCGCUGUUUCCAAUAUGUUCAAGCAGCCCUUACUUGGGCUGAAGCAGAGAAAAAGUGCCUGUCCAUGGGUGCAAACCUUGCUUCUGUGCACAGUGCCAAUGAGUACCUUGAAAUUCAGAUGAUAAUUUCCAGGGUCACUAAAGGGUUUGGAAGAACAUGGCUUGGAGGCACUGACUGCCAGAAGGAGGGCGUUUGGUUGUGGAGUGAUGGCACACCUUUCGACUAUCACCACUGUGGAAAGUUUGACAACCGCUGGUGGAGGGAGCACUGCUUGCAAAUGAAUUUUGGAGAAAACAAGUGCUGGAAUGAUGUGAGGUGUUCCAGGAAACUUCCAGCUGUCUGUGCCAAAAAUCCUUAAAGAUUCCUCGGCUGACAGAGAGGCAUAAAGUACCUGUAAAAACCCCAAACUCUGGUGCAUAUGCGUUUGGGAUUAUGACACGCAUUUAUUUCUUUUCUGUCGCUACUAUUGCUACUUGUGCAAAGGAAUGAUGUGACAAGGGAUAUAAUUACGAGUUGGAUUGUCUCUUAGAGGACUUGUUUUUGUAAUAAGAGCAAACUGAAUGUGUUAUGAAAAGAAUGCUUUUAAAGCUUCUUCUGGAGAGUGAACCGUUUUUCUUUAUGCAAAAAUAAAAGGCUCAAGCACUGAAA